GUAGCCUGGACAGAGGGAGGGAGGGAGCGGCGAACCCAGGUGCUGGGAUGGGGGAGGACGAGGAGGAUCGGCGGCCGGUGCCGGCGGCCGGGGGGGACCCCCCGGGGCUGCCCGUGGGCCCUGUCACCCUGAACGUCGGCGGCACCUUCUACAGCACCACGCUGGAGACCCUGACCCGCUUCCCCGACUCCAUGCUGGGGGCCAUGUUCCGGGGGCCCCGGCCGGCCCGCACCGACCGCCGGGGCCACUACGUCAUCGACCGCGACGGCAAAGCCUUCCGGCACGUCCUCAACUUCCUGCGCCUGGGCCGGCUCGACCUGCCCGAGGGCUACCCGGAGCUGGCCCUGCUCCGGGCCGAGGCCGACUUCUACCAGAUCCGGCCCCUGCUGGCAGAGCUGAGCCGGCUGGCGGCCGAGCGCCGGCGGCGCCGGGCCGGCGCCGUGCUCCACGCCGACGUCGACGGCCGGGAGCGGCUGCUGCACUUCACCGUCCGGCGCGGGCCGCAGGAUUACGGCCUCAGCACCUGCCCGCUCCGCGUCUUCACCGCCAACGUCUUCUGCACCGACGGGCAGUUCCUGGCGCUGCUGGCCGCCCGGCUGGGCCAGGCCGGCGGGGCGGGUCCCCGCCUGAGCCAUCUCGCCGAGGCCGAAUCCAACCACCGGCUCGGGGAUGGGGCCGCCCGAGAGGAGGGAUCCGGUCAGGAGCUGCGCCCGGCCGUCCCCGCGGAGGAGGAGGAGGCGGGCCGGAGCCGGCACCACCUGCGUCUGGAGUGGGCCCCGCGGCCCCCCGGCCUGCCCGAGGCGGAGUACGCCAAGCAGAAAGUGCGGCCUCUCCGGACGGCGCCGCCGGACGCGCGGGAGGUGGCCACGGCGGCGGAGUUCCUGGAGGAGGUGCUGAAGGCCGCCCUGGACCAAGGCUUCCGGGUGGAUUCGGUCUUCCCCGACCCGGAGGACAUCCUCAACUCGCGCUCGCUGCGCUUCGUCCGCCACUGACCGCCGAGGAGGGAGCAGAGGAAUCGGCCGGGGUACGAGGAGGGGGGGGCUGAUCUCACCUGACCGCAGUGGUGGGCACCGAACCGAUUCUCUGUCUCCCGAUGGAUCCUGUGUCCCCGUCAACGCCCUGGGUUUUGGGGAGCGGAGCCCAGCCGGGUCCUGACCCACUCCCCCCACAGCUGGGAAAUGAAGACCCUGGGAUCGGAACCAGCCACCUGACCGGGACUGGGGGGGGGGCAGGAGGGACUUCCAGCUCCCCUGCCUGGGGCUUGAGCUGCUAGUUGUGGGGGGCGGCGGGGGAGGAUUUUGGGGUGACUGAUUAAUGCCUGUAUCUGCACUUUAAGGUUAUGUUACUAUUGUACAGUUAAUUCCCCCCCCCCCAUGGCCCUACCUUCCUCCUACUGCACGUAUGGGGGUGGAGGCAGCUGGGAGCCGGACUCCUGGGUUCUCUCCCCGGCUCUG